AUGACGUCUAAAACCGAUGAUCCUCCACCUUACGAGGAUGCAGUGCACCAACCUAAGUAUGGAAACUUCCCCACCCUGCAACAAGAUGGCUCCCCUCUUCCACCACCUCCAUCUUACAGCCCUAGUCCAGGCAUGUGCCCCAACCCGCCAGGCUACUGGGGCCAGGAAGGCGUCUACCCGCAGGCUGGGAUGUGGGCAGCCCCUGGCUACUCUCCAUCUCGGAUGCCCACCACAAUACCGACACUGUCUGCCGGAGUGCAAGCAUCAAACCAAGGAGAUAUGGAUGACUUUCUGAGCUCACAGUGGGAGAGCACAGCUGUUCGGCAUGCCUUCAUUAGAAAGGUUUACUUGAUUUUAACAGCACAGCUUGCAGUCACCUUUUCAGUUGUUGCUGUCUUUACAUUUGUUCACCCAGUCAGGGUGUUUGUCAUCCGAUAUCCUGGCAUCUACUGGGCAUCCUUUGUUGUUUAUUUUAUGGUUUACUGCAUCCUCGUCUGCUGCAAAGAGCCAAGGAGGCGUUUCCCAUGGAAUGUUGUGCUGCUUGGAGUAUUUACUCUCGCCUUAUCUUACAUGGCUGGAACAAUUUCAAGCUAUUAUGAAACAAAGGCAGUGUUUCUGGCCAUGGGAAUAACAGCAAUUGUUUGCAUCGCUGUCACAAUCUUCUGCUUCCAAACCAAGGUGGACUUCACCUCCUGCGGGGGACUCCUCUGCAUUGCCUCCCUUUUGCUCAUGAUCAUUGGGAUUGUUACCGGCGUUGUCCUGUCUUUCAAAUAUGUCCCUUGGCUGCAUAUGCUGUAUGCUGCAAUUGGAGCUGUCAUUUACACUCUGUUUUUGGUAUACAACACGCAGCUGCUCAUUGGAAACCGUGAGCUGGCCAUCAGCCCAGAGGAGUACAUCUUUGGAGCUCUCUCUCUCUACAUUGACAUUGUUCACAUUUUCCUCUUCAUCCUUCAAGUUGGAGGAGCCACCUCAGAAUAAGCCCCUGUUAGAGCACAGCCGUUUGUCUACAAGUUUGGGCUUACAGUAUGUUGUGUUUGACAUUAGUCAUAAUGCUACACGUACAUUAGCGUGUCAGUAAGAGUGUUUACUACCAGCUAACUACUUUGAAGUUCCAAACUUUUAAUUCAUAUAAGAUUAUUUUGUAUGUCUGUAACACUUAAGCACUUUUUAUUCUUAAUUAAGCAAGGUGGUGCUUUGAAUGAGGAUACUUAAGCAUAAAUGAUUGUAAUAUGUGAUUUUUUCCCUUAACAUUUUGUCAUUUACCAUUUUUAGAUCAUGCGUGCAUCAUGUAACCAUGAGAGAAAAUGGAGAAACUGGGAACCAUGUAUUUGUGAAGUUUUUUUAAUUAUUAUUGUGUGUUUAGUUAUGACAUACAAAACACCUGUAGUUACAGGAAUACUGCUGGAGACCACAAUCAUUAGUCCUUAAUCUGUGCUGGUAGUAGGAGGGACUCUUCUGAGUUAAAAUUACUUUUUCACAUAGCUCCAUAGAAAAAGACAAACACAAACUUGAUCAAAAGAUGGAUUAAGUGCGUGCAUCUCUACAGGAAGUUCCUUAAAUCACUAGCCAACUUCUUUAUCCUUUUUAUAUGUUGUUUGUUGUUGUAAGAGAGCCCCAUACACCAAUCAAUAAACUACACCCCUCUGUUGCAAA